AUGGCAGUCCUAGUUGAGGCUCAAGGAGAUCUGUUAGAUAACAUUGAAAGCCAGGUUUCGAAUGCAGUCGAUCAUGUCCAAUCUGGGACAACUGCACUUCAGACCGCAAAGAAACUUCAGAAGAGCUCUAGGAAAUGCAUGUGCAUUGCCAUGAUUAUUCUCUUAAUAAUAGUGGCUAUUAUAGUGGUUGGUGUCCUUCAUCCUUGGAAGAGUGGCUAG